UUUCCUCAAAGUUUGCAAGAUUUUUUUUUGUAUGUCUGCAUGUAUAUGUGUCGGCUGGGUGGCAGUAGAGGAGGUGGCGGUUCUAUUGGAGGGGGUAGUAAUACCAGCUUGAACCCGCAACCUAAAGUUAGCCUAUAAUGGCAUUUCGCCGCCGGAACCGGAGCUACCCAUUUUUUAGCCAGGAAUUUAUUAUUCAAAAUCAUGCCGACAUCUGCUUCUGUGUGGUGAUUUGUGUGGUACUUGGACUUAUGUUUGAGGUGUCUGCAAAGACUGCUUUUCUUUUUAUUCAACCUCAGUACAACGUCAGCACACCUGCAACAGAUGGAGAAACUGUCUUUUACCUUUAUGGGACAAAGGACCUACUCACAAUCUCAUUCUAUGUCAUUAUAACAGUUAUUCUUCAUGCUUUAGUGCAAGAAUAUGCACUAGAUAAGAUCAACAGACGACUUCACCUUUCCAAAGUUAAACACAGCAAGUUCAAUGAAUCAGGACAGCUUGUAGCAUUUCAUUUUGUCUCAACAGUUUGGUGCUUAUACUUGGUUAUAAUGGAAGGAUAUUUAUCAAGCCCAGCUACUCUUUGGGAGCAGUAUCCUCAUCUUCAUUUGUCAUUUCAGGUCAAAUUUUUCUACCUUUGUCAGCUAGCCUAUUGGCUGCAUGCACUGCCUGAGCUUUACUUCCAGAAGGUCCGAAAAGAAGAGAUCCCUCGCCAUUUGCUUUACAUUGGGCUAUAUCUACUCCACAUAGCUGGGGCAUACAUUUUAAAUUUAACUCGUUUGGGUUUGAUUCUGCUGCUGUUACAGUCCAUUCCAGAGUUGGUCUUUCAUAUAGCCCGCUUGUUCUACUUUACUGAUGAGAACAACCAAAAACCGUUUGAUAUUUGGGCAGUGGUGUUCGUGAUAACCAGACUUUUUACUCUCACACUUGCAGUGCUGGCUGUGGGGUUUGGACUUGCUCGUGUAGAAGAUCAGGCAUUUGAUCCAGAGAGAGGAAAUUUUAAUACACUAUGGCUCAGGAUGUGCAUCCUUCUUGUUGUGUGUGCCACCCAGGUUUGGAUGAUGUGGCGAUUUAUUCAUUCUCAACUGCGGCGUUGGCGAGAAAAUCAUCUUGAACAAAACAUGCGAAAAAGGAUUACAUUAUCAAAGCAGCAACCAAAAAUGGUCAAAAAAGAGCCUGGUCAGGAAAAUGGCUUGAUCAAAGUCGAGAACGGGAUCUCUCCAAAAGCCAAGAAACUCAAAUCACCUUAAUGCCCGCAUGUUUCUCCUACAUGUACAGUGGGAAUUAUAUACGGAAGAAAAGGUUUCUUUCCAGGGCAGUGACUUGCCUACUAAUGGACAGAGGACUUUCAGAUGUGCAAUCUUUCACACCACUCUUAAAGCCUUCUUGUUGAGGCACUGCUUGGUAAUGAACAAAGCAGUUACUUAAGGACCAUCCUCAUCCCAUUCUGAAAGAAUCUUACCAACAGAACAAAGAAAAUAACUGAAAUCACUGUUAAAAAUAUUUUUCUAUGCAAUUCUUUCUUUGGAGUAGCCUGUUCCUUCUCAGUGUUAUGCAUUUAGUUAUUUCUGUUGCCUUUCCUUUAUUGAACCAGGUUCAGUGUUGGUUCCAAAGCUUAGUUGCUGUUGGCAGUAUGUGGAAAGGUAUGACCGCUAAUGACAGUAUUUUUGCAAUAUGCUCUUUAUAUCUCUGAGAGUCAGCACUGCUAUGAUAUUAUGCUGAAUUGGUUUGGAGAGGUGUGAUCAAUCCUUCAACACUUAAGUGCAAACUGUUCUUCUUUAGCCAGCUGGUGCAACGUCUCAAUCCGUUUCCAGUUCCAGAUGUGCAUCAGACCAGUAGUGACUGAUGGUGACUGCAGUGCUACAGAUGAUUAGCUAUGAAAUUCCUGAUGCAACCUGCUCCAGUUUCACAAUAUCAGCAGAGUGAGAGGUUAAACAAAAGCACUAACCCAUUUGCUGUGGUGCAUAGUCGCACACUGUUGCAUAUUUGCCUUGCUUUCUGAUUUCAUAAUGCCCACAACAUAAAGCAAUCAUAUUUAAUUGCUGUUGAGCCGACACAUUUUGCGAAUUACAACUGAUGCAUUCGCAGCAAGUUAGAACAUCUCAGUUUCAGAUUUCUUGACAUUUUAAAUGUUAAAGCAGUUUAUAAAAUAUUAACAGAGAUGGUGAGAUAGCUUCAUAUUUCAAGAGCAUUGCUGCUGCUUCAUUCUUGUAGAGAUGUAGGCGUACCAGUACAGAUACACAGCUAACAUACUGUAAAGCUAUCCAAUUCUGUGAUUGCCAUGCAUUAUGAAGGUGGCCAAACUACCAAAUAGACUUGUACAUGCCAUAUAUCAGACUGCCAGUAUAUUUUUUUGUAAAUGUUUAUCAUAAUUGUGUAUUCUGUUUAAUAAAUUGAACAGGAUCCAGCAUAUAGUAUUUUAAGAAUGAUUUAGUAAGUAAUUAUGUGUGCAGUAUAAACCCACAUAUUUAUGUACAUGAAUACAAAUGACAAACUGAGAGUCAAACUUGAUAUAUAUUAUGUACCCGAUUACUUUCAUAAAUCACUCAUAUAUUAGGUACCCGUAUACUUACAUAAAUGUAAGGUAUAUUGCAGAUGCAUAUGGUCAAGUACUGUACAGGCGAAUGAAAAUGCAGCUUUCAUAAUUGCAUUCACGUGAUUCUAAGCACAUUAGCACCUCUUCAGAUUUGUGUCACAUGUAGCUGGCUUCAUAUAUUUGCACCUGUAAGCUUUUUAACAAUUCCAGUAGAAAUAUUUUGGCAUCUUAUAGAGCCACAACAUUUUGUUAGUGGUUUGGAUACGUUGUAACCUAACAUAAGAAUGUUUAGGAACACUGUGAUUAGACUUUGACCACAACCUGCCAGACUAAAUUUACUUUGAUAGUAUGUAUAGCAACUGCAGGUUGAAUUAAUCAUAAAUUGCUGCGAGGAUUCCUUCUCUGGAUUGUCAUGUCCCUUCAGCAGUAGACACUGGAAAUCCUACAUGGUGGGCUGUGGUCAUCUGUCAUGUGUGUCUGUGGGUGAGGUUUGGGUACAGACCACAUGCCACAGUGAACACUGGUGUCUUACACAGAGUCAGCAGAAGGGAGCAGAGCAUUCUUUGUUUCAAGGAACAGUUAAAUAUUUUUCCUCUACAUUCAUAGGUGCCAAAAAAUUACCAUUUUACUCAUCCAGCAUAUAUGGCUGUUCACAUGCCAUUUUUCUGUAAUAGUCAUUCUCAUUUUAUCAUGUCUCCCUGUUAAAUGCACACAUUGAUUAGGAACCCUUAGUCUGAAUAUGCUUCAUUUCUUCAGUAUUGAAUUUUAACUUCAUAUUUGCACUUCCAGCUCACUAUAUUACAGUGUACCAAAGAUCCAAAGACCAAUAUUUUGGGUGCUGCCUAAUCUCAGAGAUGGACUUGCAGUUCUGCUUGCAGUGGUCUGUAUCUCAUAAACGGUGCAUGUUGUGAGACAAUGUGCAUGAAAGAUAAUUCUGCUGUGUGAAUGGAGUGAGUCUGUCAAUUUUGAUAGUAGACAGCCACAUUUCUGCUCCUGUGAGCCCUUCUCUUUACUUUGAACUACUACCACAUCUUUUAUAGCAUCUUGUUGAAAGGGCUGUUUGCUUGCUGUCUUCAGUGAGAGCUUAUGUAGCAAGCCAUCUUGGUCAUUGCUGUCCUCUGUGUGUCAUGGCCAGCCUCAAGUACGUGUUAUGAGAUCUACACUGUUAACUAAGGUAAGGCAUUGUCAAGGCCAUGUCAGUGGUCCAUGGUACUCCUGAGGAGUGCACUUCCUGAGAGGGAAAACGUAGCUAUGAGAUGUGUUCAGGUGGCAGUCUCACACACUUGCUGUGAAGUAUGUCUUUAUAUUACAAAGAAAAUUAAAAUGCUGUGAAGAUUCCAUUUUCAAACUGCACUGACCUGCUCUCACAGUCUGCUUUGGCAAAGUGGCAAAACACACACACACAUACACAAAACUAUUCCAUAACAAUACACAAUUCUUGGUUUUGGUGGUGGAACACACCCAGUACCACCUCCAAAAAUCCAUAUCUUUAUGUACACACACACACACACACACACACACACACACACACACACACACACACACACACACACACACACACACACACACACACACACACUCUUGUAAGAUUCUCUCUACUCAUACUUGCAUUCAAACAUUGAGUCCAUAAUUCUUUUCAUUUUAAAGGGGGUAAGAAUCUCUCCCUUCCCACUAUCUCACAAGUAUGUGUGUAUGUGCAUGUGAGAAUGUGUAGAUAAAUUUAAGAUACACACAGAUAUAUACAUAUACUUGUAUAUUCUUACACAAAAGCACAAUCCUUCUUUAGACCCCCCAGGCCAAAAACAUGCAUGCACUACUGUAAUGUAAUCUGCAUUGCAUAAGCAAGGAGCAGUUAUCUUUUAGACCUGACUCCAGAGCACAGUCCUUUUGAUUUAAUAGCUGAUGCUGUCUGUACAUGUUUUCAUUUGAAGUUACAAUUAACUUUUCUACAACAAAAUAACUGCAAGAAUGUUCAGAAUAUUAAUAGAAUACAGACUAGUUAUGACAUGAUCACUUUUCCUCUCCAUCUUAAACUACAAGUGGGUGUUCCAUGUACAUUAAUAGCUUUGAGUUUUGAUCUUCCCCCACAAAGCUAUGAUAUUCCAUUGCAGCAUCCUUGUUGGUUUUCCAUUUGCCAAAGCAGCAGUCUUCUCAGUCACUGCCCACUUUAUUCCCUAGAAUGACGGAGGAAGAGUGAGUUGAUUCAUGCAUAACAUACAGUAGCAAUACCAAAUGAAAUGGUGCUAAUAAAACAUUCUGUACACUAUGGGGCAUUAUGUUUGGUUUAUAUUUAAUCUCUACACAGUGAAGUGGCUUUUAUUUUUGUAAUUCUUGUUUAAAAACCUUUGAUUUGUGUGGGCCUUUCCAUUCAUGCAAGGCUACCUUCUGUAUGUACAGCAUGGGCUAGUUUAUUGUAAUGAACAGGGUAAGCACCUACAAUGUAGUGCAAGCACAGUUUUCUAGGGACAUGGGAAAUACCAUAAAUCUUCAUGUUAUCAAGCAAUCUGUUUUUCAUUCUGUUGCAUGUUUAGGAGAGAGUACCCAGUGCAAAUGUGUUUUUCUUUCCAAGUAUUUUAUGUAUGUAUUUACCAGAACUCAUUUAGUAGCUGAUCUUGUUUUAAUUUUUUUCUUUGUCUACCUGUGUCAAGUUAAAUACUGCAUCAUGAAUUUCUCAUUUACUGAACAGUGUAAAGCCCAAGAGCAGUCCACAAAUAAACACAUUUCACUAUGCACCA